AUGUUGUGUCCAUCAAAUAAAUUUGCUGUUCAACUCAAUCAAUAUUAUCUUGAAAAAGUAAUACCACGAAAAAAUUCAAUUUAUAAAGCUGUAAGAGACGUAUCAAAAGUUGUUACUGAAAUAUUACAUGAAGUUGAAGUACAAGAACCAAGAUUUAUUUCAUCAUUAAAUGAAAUUAAUGGUCGUUUUGAAGGUCUUACUGUUAAAUCACAAACUGAAUUUGAAGUAAAUAUUGUUUUUAUUAAUUUUAAAUAGAAUUAAAAGAAUAUUUUUAUUAUUUUGAGAUUUAUUCAAAUAAAUGUUUUCAUAAUCUAUAACAUAUUUCAAAAGAACUACAAAACUUUCAUCUAAGAAAAAAAAAAACGUGACUCAGUAGAAUCAUUUCUUCUUCUUCUUCUAGAGAUAAUCUUUUGAAAUAAAAUAAAACAAAGGUAACCUGUAUUCUAGUGGGGCAAUCACGAGAUUGUAAGUAGUACGGUGAUAUCCGAUCUAUGCCACUAUUACUUAUGCUACUAUUGUAUCAUUUCCAGAGACUUUGAAAGCACUAUUAUACUCUAUGAAAUAUUUUCUUAGAACAUCAACUCCCAAUAUAUCGCGACUCAAGCAUAACUACUGAUCCUUUCCCAGUGGCAGAUUUAGGGGGGUGGCGAUCAGGCGUCGCCUCCCCCUUCCAGAGAUUUUUUUUGUUUUUUCUCAGCAAAAACGUACGAACAACUGGUCUUUACUACCUCGCAACU